CCUUUUGAAAGAACCUAAGUUGUCCUGCAUUGUCCACUCCUCUAAAUGUGGGGGAAAAUAAAGUGUUAUAAGUUGGCAAACCUGGUUGCGUUUCAAACAUAGAUAUAGACAAGUGCUCUUUGGCUUGGAUUAAUAACAUUAAGUGUCAUGUCACUGUCACAUUCUGAUAACUGUCAACUGUCAUAGAAAUGUCAACAGUCAUAACCUGUAUAUUUUUAAAACAACAUUAUAAAAGUUUAGGUUAAUUAAACGAUACAAACGAUUCAGGGAACCAAUAACUUCUUUACGGUUCUUUUAAAUCUAUUUGAACUCAUUGUUAGCAAGUUCAAGUGAAUCUUUUUAAUGUUUUUUUGUGUCCAAUAAAUUAUAGUUUUCUCACAUCUUCGCUAACGAAAUGAAAAUCUCUGAGCUUCCAGGUGAUGAGGAGUCCGGUUUGACAUGUCGCACAUAUGUAUUCCAAGAUGAAAGUCACACAUUAGGCAAUUCAUUAAAAUGUAUAAUUAAUAGAUAUGACGAUGUUGACUUCUGUGGAUACACAGUACCACAUCCUGCAGAAUCAAAAAUGCACUUCAGAAUACAGACUAAAGAAACACCUGCCCUCGAGGUCUUAAAAAGAGGCCUCAAAGAUUUGCAAAAAGUUUGUGAUCACACAAUAGAUCUGUUUGAAAGAGAAGUAAAAGAAUUUAAUAAAAUCUAGCAUUUUUUGUUUAA